UGGUUACGACUUCCUCUUAUAUAACGCUCGAUCAGGCCAUCGAUUACAGGUGUAGCACAAGUGUACCGUCACGCAACAGAGGCAACGGACGCCUUGGUUUCCUGUUGCACGUUUCCACAACUGGCAUCUUGUGCUGACACGCACAUUUGUUGCAACCGUCCCAGUUCAGCCAACAGGCUCAGCUUCUGUUGCUAGUGCCAUUGCCACCGAUGCAACCAUUCAGCAGCUACUGCCUACUGGCCAUCAUCAUCAUCACCAGCGCCUCUGGACGCCUGGCCAUUUUUAAAGGCUCCAAACCCGUUGCCUGCACAUGCUCCGGUCUCCCUACCUCCUCUCCUCUGCUCGCUUUCUUUUCUUCAUCGGAAAUGUUCUGCUGCUGAGCUUGAGAUCGAUCAAACCAAUUGGGAUUUGUCCUAGCGCCCUGCCAAAUCCAUUCAUCAUCCAGCUGGGGGCGUCGACACUUGUCUCAGUCAGGACAGUCAGCUGAGUGAGCCAUGGAGGCGGCCAACGGCACCACCACGCCCCGCGCCGUGCCGCCGCUUCUCGCCGAGGUCGAGGUCUCCAACCUGCCCGGCUUUGACCUCACCCCGACGCCCAGCCCGCGGCCCCAGGAUGCCGCCGCCGCCGCCACCUCCAGCCCGCGCCCGCUGCCCAGCCCCAAGAAGCCGUCCCGCCCCGGGGUGCCGCCGCUGGACCGCGUGCCGCGCCGCAGCGAGGUGGUGUUCCCGCCGCUCGACUCCCCGUUCCAGGCGCCAGGCUACCGCUCCGUGCAGCCGGGCUCCAUCAGCCUCCCCGCGUCGCCCAGCGGCUUCGGCGUCCCCGUGGCCAUCCCCGUGGGGCCGAACGGCGGCGGUGACACGGACGGACUCCGGAGGCAGGCCAUGGCGAACGCCGCGGCGCGCGGCGAGGCGCAGCAGCCGCAGGAAAAGCAGGGAGGUGGGAGCGUCCGGUUCGCGCACCAGCCGGACAAGGUGGUGUUCCGAUCGCAGCCCAUCCCAGGCGGCCAGCCCGCGGGCCCCGGCAGCGCCCGGGCGGGCCGCGCUGGUAGCAGGGGGUCGAUGAGCCGGGACAAGCGCUACGACUCGUUCAAGACCUUCUCCGGGAAGCUGGAGCGGCAGCUGACCCACCUGGCCGGCGCGGCGGAGGUGCGCGAGGAGGGGGAGGACGGCAACGGCGACGACGACGACGACGCCAUCACCGCCAGCCGCAGCACGUCCUUGCCCAAGGUCGACCGCUUCUUCGCGGCGCUGGAGGGCCCCGAGCUCGACAAGCUCAAGUCGUCCGAGGAGCUGGUGCUGCCGUCGGACAAGACGUGGCCGUUCCUGCUCCGGUUCCCGGUGUCGGCGUUCGGUAUCUGCCUGGGGGUAAGCAGCCAGGCGAUCCUGUGGAAGACGAUCGCCACGUCGGCUCCCACCAUGUUCCUCCACGUCGGCACCAAGGUGAACCUGGUGCUCUGGUGCAUCUCCGUGGCACUCAUGUGCGCCACCGCCGCCGUGUACGCGCUCAAGAUCGCCUUCUUCUUCGAGGCCGUCCGGCGCGAGUACUACCACCCGAUCAGGGUGAACUUCUUCUUCGCGCCGUGGAUCGCGUGCCUCUUCUUGGCCAUCGGCGUGCCGCCGUCGGUGGCGACGGAGCUGCCGCGGUGGCUGUGGUACGCGCUCAUGGCGCCGGUGCUGAUCCUGGAACUCAAGAUCUACGGGCAGUGGAUGUCCGGCGGGCAGCGGCGGCUGUCCAAGGUGGCGAACCCGUCCAACCACCUGUCCGUGGUGGGCAACUUCGUGGGCGCGCUGCUGGGCGCGUCCAUGGGCCUCAAGGAGGGCCCCAUCUUCUUCUUCUCCGUGGGGCUGGCCCACUACAGCGUGCUGUUCGUGACGCUGUACCAGCGGCUCCCCACCAACGAGACGCUGCCCAAGGAGCUCCACCCGGUGUUCUUCCUCUUCGUGGCGGCGCCCAGCGUGGCGUGCAUGGCGUGGGCGAAGAUCACCGGCGAGUUCGGCUACGGGUCACGUGUCGCCUACUUCAUCGCCAUGUUCCUGUACGCGUCGCUGGCGGUGCGGAUCAACUUCUUCCGCGGGUUCAGGUUCUCGCUGGCGUGGUGGGCGUACACGUUCCCGAUGACGGGCGCCGCCAUCGCCUCCAUCCGGUACUCGACGGAGGUGGACAACACCUUCACCAAGGCGCUCUGCGUCGCGCUCUCCGCCAUCGCCAUGCUCACCGUCACGGCGCUCUUCGCCACCACGCUCGUGCAGGCCUUCGUGCUCCGGAACCUCUUCCCCAACGACAUCUCCAUCGCCAUCACCGAGCGCAAGAUGAAGCCCAUCAUGGAGCUGCACGAGGGCCAGGGAGAGGACGGCAGCACCAACAGCAGCAACGACAUCGAGGCCGGCGCCAAGUGAUGGACCCCGCCGGAUCGAGCUGAAUGCACGCCGGAGUCGCCGAGCUUCACGUACGCCGUGCGUGGGGGCAUGACGCGACCGGGUUCUUGGGUAGCUUGGAUCGUUCAUUCCGGGGGGCAGUUCUCGGAUUGCCUGCUUGGCUUAGUGUGGUGUAUAAAAUGGAGGAAGAGCUUUUGAUCGAUCGAUUGCAGCUAUAUUAGUACUCGGUAAAACUACUACAUGUACAGAGUGUAUUGCGUCGUAUGAAAUGGUGGGUGAUUGUCGUGGAAGAUUAUGCAUCCGUGCAAUGUCAUUUUGCUUUAGCA